UUGGAGUCAGUCUGCAGUCCGCCAAUUGCAACCGUUUCUGUUUGUGGCAGGGAGGUGAGAAGGGUGGCGGCGGAGGCGGUGGCAGCAACUCUGGCUCCAUCCUGGGGCUGCUGAUGCCCCUGCUGGGGUCCAGCAGCGGAUCCGGGAUGGCUGAGGGUGGCGGCGGCGGCGGCAGCAACUCUGGCUCCAUCCUGGGGCUGCUGACGCCCCUGCUGGGAUCGAGCAGCGGGCCCAUGAUGGGCGAGGGCGGCGGCGGUUCGGGGUCCGGCUCCAUCCUCGGCCUCAUCGGGCCGCUCCUGGGCUCCAGCAGUGGCCCCAACGGCCCCAACGGCGACGGUUCCGGCUCCAUCGUCAGCCUCAUCGGCACCCUGGUGGGCUCUAGCAGUGGCGGCGGAGCGGAGGGCGGUGGAGCCCGCGGCGCCACGGAGGGCUCUGAGGACGGUGAGGAGGGCGGCGGCGGAGGCAGCGACCUGCAGGCCGUGCUAGGUACGGUGCUCCCCAUCAUCGGCUCGCUCAGUGGCAUUGGAAACCGAGAGCCCCCAGAUCUAUCCGCCGCCCUGGCACUGCUGCCUCAGGUGCUAGGGAGCUUGUCAGGGCGGGGAGAGCCCGGAGAGGAGCCCCUGGAGAUCGGGACGCUGUUGCAGCUGGCGGAACCGCUGCUCGAGGGAAUUUCGGGAGGGGAUGAAGACGAGGACGCGGAGGCGUUUAAAAAAUUCGAGUGUUUUAUUUUGAUACAGAUUAUGAAUGGUUUGAGUGAAGCUGUCGUCGACAAAAAGGCAUGGUUUGAAAAAUUUCCUACUAACACUCAGUUAUGUCCCCAAAACAUAAUUUAG